AUGGGUUGUUUUUGCUGCGGCAACCUCAACCCGGAGGUCAAGGCGCUCAACGACUGCUAUCCUCCACCGAAGGACCUCGUCAAGGCCGGGCCCGAGUACCAGCCGCUGUCUCAGGACCUGAGCAAGCUCACGUAUCAUGCGACCAACAAGCCUAGCUCACUGGCCAAGAUCGGCGAUGACCUCGAACGCCGCGUCGUGAAGGAGGCCAAGGGCAGCACGGGCGGUUACCCGAAGAGUCGAGCUGCGCUCCUGAUCUCCCUGCGCAUCCUGCACAAGCUUCUGACCGAGUGCAAGCGCGACAUUGGCCUGUUCGCGCGACAGACGCUGCGGAUCAUCAGCGCCGCCCUCGACGUCAAGGUGUACCAGAAGGGCACGCCCGACCUCGAGGUGAUUGCGCGCGCCGCCUCGUGUUUCGUCGCAUUUGCGACAUACACCGACGGCGCGGCGAUCGGCGUGGACGACGCGCUCACCACGACCUACCUCCAGGUGCUGCGGCAGUUUGCCGGCCUCGCGACCGUGCGCUCCGGCAGCAGCCAGAACGGGAGCGUGAACGGCGCAGCGAUCUCGGAGAAGACGGCACCGGUCGAUGUCGAGGACCAGAGCCGCACGCGGCUCAUCGGACUCAGCGCGCUUAGUGGCGCGGCCUGCUCUGACGCCGUCUUCAGCAGUUCCGCCGAGUUCCCGCGCCAGGCCAAGAUCAUCGUCCCGACCCUCCUGUCCAUCCUGCGCGAAGCCAGCGUCGACGACCUUAAGGCGGUCACGGCGAGCAACGCGGGAGACAACGCCAACGUCGCCCCGUUCUUCAAGGAGCUGAGCGCGCGCCGCCCCGUGGGCGACCGCCGCGCGCCCAGCGUUCACGAACAUGUGCCAGGCGAGAAGGGCCCUGACCAGCAGGACGUCGUUGCGGCCGCGUACCGAUGCCUGUACGAGCUGGUGUCCGAGUGUCAGCUGACGCAGGCGGGACGUGUCCUCGACAUUGUCAUCGAGUACCUCGACAGCACCGGGUGGUCAGACACGGCACGCUGCUGCUGGCUCGCCGAGCGGCUGACGGGAGGAAUGCUGCUGCAGUCUCGCUUCGUCAUGCCCACUCGUCUCGUCGAGUUGCUCGUGUCGCUGCCGGACUCCUCUCCGCCCACAGCCAAGCAGCACAGCAUCAUCUCAAUGGUGACGACCGUGCUGAGCAGCAAUGUCUCUCUCGUCGGUCUCGCCGUGACGGACCUUCUGACCUCGUUACUCAACAUCAUCGUGCGCCGCGCGACAAUUCGGGCCGACGACGCCCUGCUCCCCGCGCUGGUCGACUGCGUUUCCUCCCUCGGCGUGCACAUCUACUACGCGGACCAGAUCAACGAUAUUGUCGAGGAGAUCGCGGCCCAGAUUGCGACCAUCUCCCCCUCGGCCCCGGGACGGCAGGACAUCCUGCGCGUUCUGAUCUACUGUCUCUCGGGCGUCAUGAGCGCAGCUGAGCAGGGCGACAGUGCCGAGGCGGCGCUGCAGGGCGCCGACCGGGCGGCCGACACGCCCACGGCCGCGGAGAAGGGCAAGGCGCCUGCACUCGAGUCGCCAGGAGUCGAGGUCAAGGUGUCCGGACGGCGCAACCCCGUCUCACCAGAGGUCUGGCAGGACACGCUCCACCUGCUGUGCGAGUCGACGUACCCCGUCCGCGCGUCCUAUGCUCGCGCACUGCUGCUGUGGCUGCAGGACGAGCUCCCGGCCGACCGCCGUCCGCGCCCGGACGAGCCGAACAUUAUGCGGUUCUGCAACGCCCUGCACGCGGCAGUGUACACGCUUGCCCUUUCGUCAAGGCUGGGUCCGGGCGAGCCCAUCCCCUCUCUGGCCGCGACGCCGCGCGAGGCCACGCCAAGGCAGAGCGGACACGCGACGCCGAGCGCAACGCCGGGCAGCACCCGGCCCACCACACCGCAGAACGCGACGGGCAAGCGCUCCGACUCCACCGAGCACGAGCGCGGCACGCUCACAGCCCAACAGGCGCAGCAGGCAGCGCAGCAGAUCAUGCAGAUCAACUCGCUCAGCACGACAUCCUUCGCCGCGCCACCGAAACGGACCCGGCGCCGCGUGUCGCUCCCCUUGAACCGACUCGCAUCCACCGAGCCAGCCCAGUUCGACACGGUAGCCACGCCAGGCGACUAUGCGAACCUGGCCGCCAUCCUCGGCGAGCUGGGCGCCAACGUCCCCUCUGCGGCUCUACUGACGGGCGUGCCGAUGCUCCUGGCGCUCGACGCGGAUGCGGGCACGCAGCUCGUCCGCCGGCCCGGCGAAACGGGCGCUUGGGCGAUGGAGCGCAAGCGUGCGGCGCGGGAGCUGGUGUGUCGCGCCUGGGUCGACCUGGGACGGACGUGGAAUCUCCCCUCUGUCUCCUCGCAGGCCGAGAGCGGCCUGCAAGCCUUGGGCCACAGCACGAUCCCGGUGAUGCGGGACGACGACGAGCCGGCCGAGUUCGUGCGCGAGGGCUCAGAGGGGGAGAGUGCCUCCUCCACCCGCGCGUGGCUCGACCCCCAGCCGCUCGUCGGUGCCGUUGUGGGCUCGGCCGACGUGCAAACGGGCACGGGCCUGAGCAGUUCCCAGCUGCAAACGACGCUCGAGAAACCGUGGUCCGUCGAGGGUGCGAUCAAGGGGAGCAUCGAGCGCCUCGCCGCGCCCACGCUCCAGCCGCAAUCAGAGCACAAGCUCAUGUCCAUCCCCAACCCCAGCUAUCAGAGCAUCCACAUCCAGCGCGGCAUCGACGUCGCCGAUCUGCGCGACGCGCUCGGCUCGAAUCCCACGGGCUCAUUGCGGCAGAAAUCAGUGCAUCAUGGCUCAGUCCACAGUUCCAGGCCGAGCACGAUCCAUGGUACCGGCACGCCGGGCGGGAGUGCGGGCCACGGAGGCCAGGGUGCCGAGCGGAAAUUGGCGCCGACGGACGCGAGAGAGGUGCUCAAGGAUAUCUUCAAGGAGAAGAAGCGGUCGAGAAUCGUCACGCCCAGUGCUACGGUCACUUCCUCCACGCUCACGGCUGGCACUGCCGGCACUGCCAGUACUAUGGUCAACGGAGGCAAUGGCAAUGUCCACGGCGUCAACGGUGUCAAUGGCGUCAAUGGAGGAGGGAACGCACCCGAGUUUGGCGGAUACCUCACCGACGGCCCGCAGCCCGCUCUCAUCGCGGACGGUCCGGCUCCGCUCUUGAUCACGGACGAGCCCAAGCCUGCGGGCCUCAUCACGGACGACCCCUCGCUCGCCCAGCCUGCUCAGAGGUCUCAGCCUGCGCAGACUGCUUAA